UUCUUGUCUCCCUUUGGACCACUAAAAACUGACAGCAGUAGGGCAGUACCUUUUAAAACCUCCCACUGUGAGACAAGAGACCAUAAUUGUCCAAGCAAAACUGAAGACGAAGAACCCAGUGUACUUGGAUUAUUCUAAUAGGCUUACCUAAUGGAUUCCCUUCCUUUCAGUUAUCACUUCUGCAGUGCUACACAUCUUAUACUGAGAGUGACAUUCUCUGAGUUAUAUGGCAUAUGUCAAAGAAUGUAAUCAAUGUGAAUAAGUAUGCUGCCAAGCAAAAGCCUGAGGGACCGAAUGAAGGAGCAGCUCAUGGCGUACAACACGGCUAUUCUUGCCAGUCAAGAAAAUUUCCUUGAUCAUGGAAUUGAUGAAAACUUUAUCCAGAGUGCCACACAACAUUUGGAAAGAGAUAUACAAGAAGCAAAAGUCUCUUUCUGGAACAAGACAUUGGCCUUGCAAAGGACACAAAUUAUGGAUGCCCUGAGAAACAAAUUGAAACAAGAUGAUGAGGACUCACGUCUGAUCCUGGAAACAAUGAAACGCAUUGUGUUGCUCAGCCAGACAAUUAUUGACAAUCAGCAGAAACUACAUCAGAAGGAACAGCAGCUGAUUAACAUUAAAAAGGAGAGACUCUCACUAAAAAAAUAUGGAGGACAGAAACUACAGCAAAUUCAUACCAUGAUGAAAAGGCAAAAGGAGAAAAAUGCAAGUGUGAAUGUUGCUGAAACAGAGAAGAUGCUUAAUAAAUUAGAAAAAGAAAGACAGAUGACUACAAUAAUUCAAAAUGUGUUCCAGAACGUCAUAAUUGGAAGCAAAGUUAACUGGGCAGAAGAUCCAUCAUUAAAGGCAAUUGUUCUACAGCUUGAAAAAAAUGUCUAUCUUCAGUGAGUCAGGAGACGUGGUGUUUAUACAGUGUGUGCAUUUUAACUAAACUUGAUAGAUUGCAUGUAUUUCAAAAAUACACUUCAAGAAUCUUAAAAUUUGACCUUUCUGAAAGAUGUUGGUCUCUCCAGAGAGUUAGAAUUUGUCAAAGCGGGCACGUAUUUUCCUCUGAAAGGCAGCAAGAACACAAGAAAAGUUUCAAGGUUUCAUGUAGAAGUGGACUUAAACUGAUCUGCUGUACCCCUUUCCUGGUAACCAGAAGGCUGUAGAGCUCAAGCAAGAUGCAUGACCCUGCUCUGUCCCAGUUGUCAAAAGCUCAAUCAGGAAAAUUUAUGAGCAAGUCUGGGGUUGGGAUUAUUUUUGUUAUUAAGGCAUUAUGUAUAAUUUUAAACACCAGAAAUGUUAUGCUUUUUAGCAGUGACUCUUGUCUGCAGAUGUCACUUCAUACUGUCGACUGUGCAGCUAAGCAGUGUUUUAAUUGCAUGUCUUCAUUAGCAUUUGCGCUUUUUUUAGUUGUGGUGUUUGAUGUUUGAAGGAAAUCCGACUCUUGGGGUGUAGCACACUUUGGAAGUAUGUAAUGUCCCUUGUUGUCUUGGUGUGUAACGUCAUUUUUAACUUGGUAAGUGAUAACUAGCUGCUUUUUUUAGGUGAGUGCCUUGGUCUAAUAAUAAAAAUAAAACGCUAAUUUUCCUGAAAA